GGUGAAAGCGAAAGCAGGAAGCGUCAGACGUUGCGCCCUAGGGUGAGGCCGGUCUUGCUCCCACCGCCGCUCGCCCCACUCUUCUGACCUAUCGACCUAUUGUCCCUGUACCGCCCAGCCCGCCCCGAGAUGCUGAAGCCAGCGCUGGAGCCCCGAGGGGGCUUCUCCUUCGAAAACUGCCAGAGAAACGCAUCCUUAGAACGCGUCCUCCCGGAGCUCCGGACCCCUCAUGCACGCAAGACCGGGACUACCAUCGCGGGCCUUGUUUUCCGGGACGGGGUCAUCCUGGGCGCGGACACGAGGGCCACUAACGACUCGGUCGUAGCAGACAAGAACUGCGAGAAGAUCCACCUCAUCGCCCCCAAAAUCUACUGCUGUGGGGCUGGAGUAGCCGCAGACACUGAGAUGACCACGCGAAUGGCGGCGUCCAAUAUGGAGCUACACGCGCUGUCCACGGGCCGCGCGCCCCGCGUAGCCACAGUCACCCGCACUCUGCGCCAGACGCUUUUCCGGUACCGCGGUCACGUGGGUGCGUCGUUGAUCGUGGGCGGUGUAGACGCGAAAGGACCGCAACUCUACAGCGUCCAUCCCCAUGGCUCUUAUAGUCGUCUGCCCUUCACGGCCCUGGGCUCCGGCCAGGACGCGGCCAUGGCGAUGCUGGAGGACCGGUUCCAGCCGAACAUGACGUUGGAGGAUGCACAGGGGCUGUUGGUAGAAGCUAUCACUGCAGGGAUCCUGGGUGACCUGGGCUCUGGGGGCAGUGUGGAUGCAUGUGUGAUCACCAGGACCGGUGCCAAGCUGCUGCGGACACUGAGCUCACCCACAGAGCCCAUAAAGAGACGGGGCAGGUACCACUUUGCUCCUGGGACUACGCCUGUCCUGACUCAGACGGUGAGGCCACUGACCCUGGAGCUUCUGGAGGAAACCGUGCAGGCCAUGGAGGUGGAGUGAAGUAAGCUGAGGCUUAGAGGUUGAAACAAGGAGGAAUAAAACCAGAAAUGCAAAUACCUAAACAGGGCUGUGUUGUUUUUGGGUGGAGGAGGGCAGUUA